AUGAGCGGCCUAGCCGGGGCCGAGGGGGCCCUGUACCCCCAGACCUGCAGCCCCGGUGCUCCCGCCCCCGCCCCCGGACAGCCGGACCCAGACCAGAGCCCGAAGCUCCGUGAGGAAACCGAGGCGUCACAGGUGAUGGCGGAGCCGGGGGAGGGAGGCUCGGAGGCCGUCGCCCUCCCGCCGGCCCAGCUGCCAGAGGAGGAGGAGGAGGAGGAGGAGGGAGCGUCACCCGACCCUGCGGCCGGUGGGGCCGGCGGCCGUACCCCCCCGGCCCCAGGCGGCGGGGGUGACGGUUUCCGAGCGCCUGAAGCGGAGCCGGAGCAGGCCCCGCCCCCCGCCGGGGCCCCGGCGGCCGAGCCGGUGUCCAUGGCAACGGGCCGCGGCCCCAACAAUGGCGGUCAGCGCGGCCCCGGGGCGGCGCAGGCCGCGGAAGCCUGUGGCGCAGAGAAGCCGGGGUCGGAGGCGGCGGCCGAGGCGAAGGCCGCGGAAGUGAACCCGGUCUUGGUAGCAGUGGCUGAGGCGAUGGUGGAAAAGGAAGGCGUGAAGGAGGAGAAAGUGGAUGAAGAAAUGAAGGAGAUGAAGGAGGAGAAAGGAGAUGAAGUGAAGGAGGAGAAAGGAGAUGAAGUGAAGGAGGAGAAAGGAGAUGAAGAAGUGAAGGAGGAGAAGCCAGUAGGUGAGGAAAUAGAAAUGGCGGAGGAAAACCGGGCGGUGGCGGCGGUGGAGGAGGGGGCGGAGGGGGCAGGGCUGCCCCGGCCCCUGAAUGUGAAUUUCCGCGUGAACCUCCGCAUGAACCCCCUGGAGGCCAUCCAGCAGGAGCUGGACACGGUGAAUGCUCAGGCCGACAGGGCCUUCCAGCAGCUGGAGCAGAAGUUUGGCCGGAUGCGUCGGCACUACCUGGAGCGGAGGAAUUACAUCAUUCAGAACAUCCCGGGCUUCUGGGUCACCGCCUUCCGAAACCACCCCCAGCUGGCCCCCAUGAUCAGGGGCCAAGAUGCCGAGAUGCUGAGAUACAUCACCAAUUUGGAAGUGAAGGAAUUCAGGCACCCGAAAACCGGCUGCAAGUUCAAGUUCUUCUUCCGGAGAAACCCCUUCUUCAGAAACAAGCUGAUUGUCAAGGAAUACGAAGUCAGAGCCGGCCGAGUAGUGUCUCUCUCCACUCCAAUCGUGUGGCGUCGUGGCCAUGAGCCCCAGUCCUUCAUUCGCAGAAACCAAGACGUCGUCUGCAAUUUCUUCACCUGGUUUUCAGACCACAGCCUGCCGGAGUCUGACAAGAUUGCCGAGAUCAUCAAAGAGGACCUGUGGCCGAAUCCUCUGCAAUACUACCUGCUGCGCGAAGGAGUCCGUAGAGCCAGACGUCGCCCACUGAGGGAACCAGUGGAGAUCCCCAGGCCGUUUGGGUUCCAGUCUGGUUAA